UGUUGGAAAGCUGUUGACGCCUUCGCUGUGAACAUACAAAUCCCAGAUAGCCGCAAUGCCUCUUCAAGGGAUCCGGACGGUUACGGCCGCUAGAAACGGUGUCGGUGCCUUUAUCCUACAAUGCAAGCGGUUGGAUUUCCACUACUGUGACUGGGCUGGUAGUUCCCGGGGCAUGGUUGCCUACCUCAAGCACCACCUUCCUGCCUUCGCGAAAGCAAACCCUCAGAUCGAAAUCCGGGUAUCACCGCGGCCACACAAGCACCCCGUAAUCAAGGGACACUACAUCAACGGACGGGAGAAGGCGGUUUGCGUGCGGAAUCUCGAGCCUGAGCAAAUAGGCAAGAAGGCCGAUCUGUUGAAGCAGGCCAGCGGAGAGAAGUUGAAGCGCACCAAGAAGCCCGUCACGAGUAUCAACGAGAGUGUCAGAGGCAUCUGGUCCCCGUACCACGGUGGCUACAAGUCGGUGUAAAGAUGGGGGAUUGUGCGAUCAUACGGUGGUGUUCUUUUUCUGGGUCAAAUAUCAUUUCCUAUUCGAUGUAUUAUGGGUUACUUCAUCUGUUUUGUGUACCUGCCUUUUGCGAACCCGACUCUGUCUUUGUUUGAACGAUAUGUAUCAUAUGUACAGAAUGUCUUUAUUUG